CUCUCGGCGCAGGGGGACCAUGGCGGAGGUGGGCCGGGCCUCCGUGCGCGACCCGGACUCGCUGCUCCCGCGGGGCUUCUGGGCGGCGGUGGCCGUGUGGGUGGAGAGGCCGCAGGUGGCCAACAAGCGGCUGUGCGGAGUCCGCCUAGAGGCCCGGCGGAGCGCCUCCUUGCCCUGGGCCGAGCAUUCCGGCCCCCGGCGGAACGCAGGCGCCGAGCCGGAGGAGCGGGCCCCGGCGGGAGGCGGGCCAGAGGAGGGGCCGGACCCCGGCCAACGUUCCCUCGAGGGGGGCCCGGGCCCCCGGCAGAGCGCCGGCCCCACGCAGGGCCCGCAGGAGUGCCGGGGCCGGGGCCGGCAAGGGGAGGACCAGCAGGGAGCAUCCGUAGCAGCGCCUCUGGCCUCGAGGGCCCCCGAGCAGCCCGGCAAGGCUGGAGCCGGGGAGGGCGACUUCCCCGCCUCGGACCUGGAUGCUUUCUGGGACGAUUUCUCCCGAAGCCUCGCCAGCGGCGAUCGAGAGAUGCUAGCCUUCCUCACCCGCUCCUGGGCGGGAUCGCAGUCAGAGGCUUCGCACGAGCUCGACGUGAGUCUCAGAACCGUCAUCCCGAAAACGAACCAACAUUGCCCGCUUAGUUCCCCGAGGAGAGAAAUAGUCGUGCAAGAUGUCCUCCAUGGAGCUGUAACUUUCUUACCUCUGGAAGAAGAUGAUGAAGGGUAUUUAAAGGUUAAGAGGAGCAAUGUGUAUCAAAUUCAGCUCAGUCACAGCGGUGGAGGAUGGUUCAUAUCUGUUUUAAUUUUCUGUCCAGAAAGAUGGCAUUCAGAUGGCAUUGUGUAUCCCAAACCCACCUGGCUUGGAGAAGAGUUGCUGGCCAAGUUGGCCAGGUGGUGUGUGGAGAGCAGACAGAGUGGGUUCAAAAGCACCCUGUCCCUCAUCUCCAUCAUGAAGUACAGCAAGGUUUACCAGGCGCUUAAAGAGAAGUAUAAAGACAUGGUCAAGGUGUGGCCUGAAGUAACUAACCCUGAGAAGUUUGUAUAUGAAGAUGUGGCUAUUGCCACCUACCUGCUGAUUCUGUGGGAAGAAGAGAGAGCUGAGCGGGGAGAGACAGCCAAGCAGUCGUUUGUGGACCUCGGCUGCGGGAACGGCCUCCUGGUCCACAUCCUGAGCAGCGAGGGGCAUCCAGGCAGAGGGAUUGAUGUCCGAAGAAGAAAAAUCUGGGACAUGUACGGACCACAGACGCACUUGGAGGAAAGUGCAAUCACACCAAAUGAUAAGACCCUUUUCCCUGACGUCGAUUGGUUGAUCGGAAACCAUUCCGACGAGCUGACGCCGUGGAUACCCGUCAUGGCGGCCAGGUCUUCCUAUGACUGCCGCUUCUUCGUCCUGCCCUGCUGCUUCUUUGACUUUGUUGGGAAGUACCAGCGGAGGCAGAGCAACAAGACCCAGUACCGAGUGUACCUGGAUUUCAUCACCGAGGUGGGGUCGGCCUGUGGCUUCCACGUAGAGGAGGAUUGCCUCAGGAUUCCUUCUACCAAGAGGGCCCAGCGAGGAUGUCGAGAGACACUGUACCUGUGGCAGCAUCGCUGGAUGGGGCCUCGCUCUCCCAGAGGCCCCUGGGGGCAGCCUUCAUCAGGACGUGCGAAGGGGGAAGCGCCCAGCGUCUGUCUCAUUGGGAAAUCCAGAACGUACCCACCCGCUGGAGAAGAUUCCGUGGACGAGCAGAGAACCCGCUACAUGAACGGCAGGCGGGGCAGCCCCGCGAGCCCGCCUGGCCAGCGCCCUGCCCCUCCUCCAGCUGGCGCCACUGCUGGCGGUGCUGAUGGCCCCCAGGGGCGUGGAGCCCUGGACUCUGGGGCCAGGCCCACGCCGGAGUCCCCAGCUGAAGGGCCCUGGCUGUCUGGAUUUCACCCCAGAGAAAAAGCCGAGCGUGUGAGGAACUGUGCCGCCCUCCCUCGAGAUCUUGUUGACCGAGUGGUUUUGCAAGUGGCGAAUUUGUUGUUGGGUGGAGAGCACGUGCACACGCAAGGUUCUCAGAGUGGCAGCGUGAAGGCCUGGAAUCGAGGAGGGAGCCUGUCGUUGGCGGAAGUGGCCGGGCAGCUGGACCGGGAGACGCUGCAGAGGCUGAGGCGGGAGUGCGGGGGCCUGCAGACGCUGCUGCGCAACCGCCCGCAGGUGUUCCGAGUUCUGAACGGGCGAGUUCGCAUCCGCGACUGGCGGGAAGAGAGGCUGCAGGAGGAAAAGGAAGCGGAAGCAAAACGGAAGCUGUUUUCGGAAACCUUCAAAACCCGAAUCUGUUGGUUUUUCGCGCAUCACCCUGAUGGCUGUGCUCUCCCUUCAGACUGCUGCCCGUUCGCGCACGGGCCUGGGGAGCUGCGGCCAGCCCCCACCACCAAGUAGAAAAAGCAGGCUCUGUGAGCUGCUCCGCCCUGCGCGGAGGCCGGGCUCCCCUGAGCGCCGUGCUUCUGUCCUGGUGGCGUUCAAGGUUGUUUUCCUUCCUCCAGCUUCUCACUGGGACGUGGCCGCGCCCCACAGACACUUGAAGCUGCGGGAGCUGAGAUCACUCACCACCCCCCCCCCCCCACCCGAGGGCUGGGUUUGUCUUAAACGUGUCCAGCAUCUUUGCAUCAGGAGGAGCGCGCGGCAAUCUCGUGGUGUCUCCUAGCUCAGGCGGUGCAGGGGGUGCUGGAGCCGGCCUUCUCGGGGUGACGGCGCCGUGCCUCCCAGCCACUAGCCGCUCCAGGGUUGACUGGCUCCUCCUGCCCGAGAUCUUCGCCCCACAGGUACUGUUCAUUCUUUUCAUUCCAGAAGAAAAAAAUCCCUGUGUGCUUCCGUUCAAAAUUGUGUUUACAGUUUUACACAAAAGGCCGCAUCAGCAGCACUGUUCUGCCCUUGAUUUUCCGUGGAACACGUCCCGGAGGCCUUUCCCUCGUGGAGGGUCCUCGUGCGGGAUUCUCGGUGCGUUCAUGAUGGCGAGAAGGAACCCGUUCCUUUCUGCCCGGUGCCGCGUGGCUGGGGCUGCGGCUGCGGCUGCCGCGGGGCGUGAGGCCCUGCCCUCAGGAAGCCCUGGUUAGCCGGAGCCUACGGUGCCAGGCCAGCCUCCAGGGACGGGCAGAGUCAGGGCACGGGCUGCACCUGCCUCCCACCCGCCCAGCCUCUCCCUUGCGUGAGGCCCCAGGUAGGACGUCCUGGUGGCCUGGGUGGCCGCAGUGACGCCACUCCGGCCAUGGUUGGCUUGGC